AUCAGUGUCGCGUUGGUGUUGUGUUUAUUGUUCCUUUUAUACCCUUCAGUUAUACCAGUAACAUUAUAUACUUUUCUUCCGACGUCGGCUUUUUCAUGAGACUUUUCAUCAGUUUGGAAGCAGUCUUUUGUUUCAUAUGGAUGUGAAUCUUUGAUUCUCACCCUAAAGGAUGAACAUACAUUCAGAGUACUUGAGAACAAAGUCCUGAGGAGAACAUUGAGACCUAAGGAAGUCUUCCGGUCUUCUUGGGGGCCAAUCAGAUCAAGGCUGUGUGACAGAUACAGGAGAUGGGAGAUGCUUGGGUGUAGAUAGGAUGAUGACUUGUUGCCCCUUCCAUGAACAUGGAUGCAAUUAAAGCAGAGAAAGAUGUGGAUGUUAUGAGUGAAGAAGAGUGUGUUGGUGUGAAGACUGAAGAGGUUUACAUACCAUCAGCAUUUUCUGUAAAAAAGGUGGAAGCUGAGAACUGCGUGGAUUUGUUGAAAGUUGAACCUGGUUCAUGUAGUGAGGAAUGUCUAACAUCUUCUCAUGAUGGAAAUCAGGAAGUCAGAAAUGUACAAGAGGAGGAUCCCCUGCUGAUGUGUCCAGUAAUAAAGGCUGAACAUGAGAACUGCAUGGUUUUACUGAAAGUUGAACCUGAUUCAUAUAGCGAGACAUAUGUUACGUCCUCUCACAAUGGAAGUCGGGAGGUCACAAAUGUGCAAGAAGAGGAGGACCCUCUGCUGAUGCCAUUUCCAGUAAAAACAGUUGAACAUGAGAGUACACUGGAUGAUCACCUCAUGCAUGAUGCAGAGCGUCCGUAUUCCUGUGGUGUGUGUAAUAAAUCAUUCCAUGCACAGAGUAAUUUGAAGAGACAUCAGGUUGUACAUAGUGGGAAACGAGCAUAUUCCUGUGAUGUGUGUAGUAAGUCAUUUAGUACUAAGCGUAAUAUGAAAAGACAUCAACGCAUACAUAGUGGGGAGCGUCCAUAUCAUUGUGAUGUGUGCAGUAAAUCUUUCAGGAAUGAGAGUAAUCUCAGUGAACAUCACCGUACGCAUACAGGGGAACGCCCUUAUCACUGUGAUGUCUGUAAGAAGUUGUUCAGUGUUAAGAGUGCUCUCAAGAGACAUCAACGCAUACAUAGUGGUGAACGUCCAUAUUCGUGUGAUUUGUGUAAGAAGUCAUUCAAUGACGGGGGAGUUCUGAAGGUACAUCUACGCAUACACAGUGGGGAGCGGCCAUUUUCCUGUGAUGUAUGUAAGAAGUCAUUCAGUAAAAAGAGUGAUUUGAAGACACAUCAACGCAUACACAGUGGGGAGCGACCAUAUUGUUGUGAUGCUUGUAAUAAGUCAUUUAGGAAUAAGCGUGAUUUGAAUGAACAUCAGCGCAUGCAUAGAGGGGAGCGUCUGUAUUCCUGUGAUGUAUGUAGUAAGGCAUUCAUUAAUAAGAGUAAUAUGAACAGGCACCAACGCAGACAUAAUGGAAAAUGAUCAUAUCCCUGCAAUGUGAAAUGCUAUUCAGCAAAAAGAGUAAUCUUUUGAAGUGUCCUGAGUACAUACAUGAUGUGGAGCACCCAUAAUGAUAUGAAUUAUGUAGCAAGUUAUGAGAGUGAAAUGAAUAAAUAUCAACAUACAUGUUAUGUGCGUGCAUGUGUAUAUAUUGUCACGUGUCAUUGCUGGGAAAUGGCCUGCGACAACAGUCAAAGAACUGUUGGAAGCGGUGUUUUCUGUGCAGUCCAUGCUGAGGCUGUAUGAGGUAGGAUCCAUAAUUUCCAGG